AUGGUGGACUUCGUGGAUAAACAGGUGGACGAGCUGAAGAAGCUAUGGCACAACAAGCGGCAGCUCGCUUUCCAGGGGCUGAACCUGGCCAUGAUCGUGCUCUCCGCUCUCAUGAUCUGGAAGUCGCUCAUGGUGGUCACCAAGUCGGAGAGUCCCGUUGUCGUUGUGCUCAGCGGGUCCAUGGAGCCGGCGUUUCAGCGUGGAGACAUUCUCUUCCUCCACAACGGGGAUGAACCUCUUCGGGCGGGCGAGGUGGUUGUCUUCAAGAUUAAGGACAGGGAGAUUCCGAUCGUUCACAGGGUAAUGAACGUGCACGAAAAGCCUGACGGGUCGAUAUCAGUGCUAACGAAGGGAGACAGCAACAAGGUGAACGACCGGGGGUUGUAUGUGCCGGGGCAGAUGUGGCUCAGUCGGGAAGAUAUUCUGGGGAGGGCGCGGGGCACGCUUCGUUACGUGGGGAUGGUGACCAUCAUCCUCAACGACUAUCCACCGCUAAAGUAUGUGCUGGUCGGGCUAAUGGGACUUUUCGUGCUGACCAAUCGAGAAGCAUGAUGAAACGGGCACGCGCGUUGCCUGUCUGCCCCAUUAGCCGACACGCGGAGAGAGGAGAGGGACGGAGAGAAAGAGAGAGCGGGGGGUUGGGAGAGAGACACGGGGCACGGGAAUGAUUGUGGCGGGCUUUUUCAAGGACAUGCUCGUUGAACGUCUUAUUUAGUCGGGGUUGAAUGUCUACUAGAUGCUGACAAGGGGACCAGUUGUACUGAUGCAAUGCAGUUUGCAUGGCGCCCGUGAGACAAAAGCCCUGCGUGGGGCUGGUC